AUGAUAUUGGUAAAAAUUUCAGUAACGCAUACCGUAUUCUAUAAGCCGAAUAUAUCGAUGGUUGAAUUUAUGUGUGAUAUACUGAAUGAACGGUCUGGUCAUAACAGUAAUUAUCGGGGCAGUAAUUCAAGAGAUGAUCGAAACUAUUCAUUGUACCAUCAGAAUCACCCGCAUCCUCAUCAUCAUAAUGGUUGUUGUUCAUUCCGUUCGGAAUUUUUCAGAGAGUCUUCUCAAACCCGCAUAAUCAACCCGUCUUCAGUCCUAGUUGCCGUCGCAAUAACACAACUCAAUUUGUUGAUUGGGACCGAUUUGGAGACGCCGUUUGAUGGGGUUUGUAAUCAGUUUCAGCCAGACAAAUUGUACAAAAGUUUCUCGUUGAGCAGUCAUGAGACGAAGGUUUUCGGUGAAGCGGUCAAGGGUAUCAAAGUGCGUACGUGUCAUCGUGCCGGUGUGGUUCGUGUAUAUCGUGUGAACAGUCUUCAACUACCUGCUGAUCAGCUAUGGUUUCAAGGUAAGGAUGAGGAGGGUAACGAACGUCGUAUGACCGUGGCUGGCUAUUUCACAGAACGCUAUGGUGAACUGAAGUAUCCGAAACUACCCUGUCUUCAUGUGGGACCAGUAACGCGUAAUAUUUAUUUCCCACUUGAAGUGUGCAUGCUGGACACACCGCAGAAGUACAGUAAGAAAUUAACCGAAAAACAAACCUCAGCAAUUAUUCGGGCGGCCGCAGUUGAUGCCACGGCACGUGAACAUCGUAUAGCAGCACUCUGUGAGCAGGCCGCAUUCCAGAAGGAUUCAUUCUUAAAGGAGUUCGGUUUACAAAUCAGUCCGAAAAUGUGUGAGACCACAGCUCGAGUCUUGAAUCCACCACGGAUUCUGUUCGGCGAGAAGAACCAUUAUUCGGAUCCGGUGGUAGUGCCAAAGGAUGGUGCUUGGUCUCUGGACAAUCAGCGCCUCUAUGUCCCAGCCAUAUGCCGUAGUUAUUCGCUUAUAGCGAUGAUCAACCCACUCGAGCAACGCACUCUCGAAGCAUUCUGUCACGCUCUCCAUCACAAGGCCACUCAAAUGGGUAUGGGUUUCCCACCGUGGCCAGAUCUUCUAAAAUAUGCUCGUACCAAAGAAGAUAUCGCCUCGUUAUUCGCCGAAGUCGCUACAGAGUAUCGUCAAACAGGCACAACAUGCGAUUUGAUUGUUGUUGUGCUACCAUCCAAAAAUUCCGAUGUUUAUAGUGAGUGUCUUAUUAUAAAUAUUAAAAAUAACUUAACCAUAUAUCACCUAUCUAAACCCAAAUCAAAUGAAAUUUUAGUGACUGUAAAAGAAUGCAGCGAUAUGGUACAUGGAAUAAUGUCACAAUGCGUUUUGAUGAAAAACGUUUCACGCAUCUCGACGGCCACCUGUGCGAAUAUUGUACUGAAGAUUAACAUGAAGUUAGGUGGCAUCAACUCGAGGGUUCUUGCCGAUUCAAUCACACAAAAGUAUUUGAUUGAUGUUCCAACGUUGGUGGUUGGAAUCGAUGUGACGCAUCCAACGCAACAUGAAGAACGUCAAAAUAUACCGUCCGUAGCCGCGAUAGUUGCAAAUUUGGAUUUAUAUCCACAAUUGUAUGGAGCGAAUGUGAAAAUUCAACGGAAAUGUCGUGAAUCUGUGGUUUACCUGUUGGAUGCUGUUCGUGAACGUUUGGUCAGUUUCUACAAAGAAACGCAUCUAAAGCCAAGUCGUAUCAUCGUCUAUCGAGACGGUGUUUCUGAAGGACAAUUCGCUGAGGUGCUUCGUGAAGAGAUGCAAGGUAUUCGUACCGCAUGCUUAAUGUUAUCCUCUGAUUAUCGCCCACCAAUCACCUAUAUUGUCGUACAAAAACGUCAUCAUGCACGUAUGUUCUGCAAAUAUACUCGAGACUCGGUUGGACGAGCUAAGAAUAUACCACCAGGCACUAUUGUCGAUACGGGUAUCGUUUCACCGGAAGGGUUCGACUUCUAUCUCUGUUCACAUUUCGGCAUUCAGGGGACGUCGCGUCCAACACGUUACCAUGUUCUGUGGGAUGAUUCAAAGUUUACAUCUGAUGAAUUGCAAGCAGUCACGUUCAGUAUGUGUCAUAUGUACGGUCGUUGUGCUCGUUCCGUAUCGAUACCGGCACCGGUCUAUUAUGCAGACUUGGUGGCCACACGAGCAAGAUGUCAUCUGAAACGUAAAAUGGGUGUUCAUGAGACCGAUGGCACAUCGGAUGCAGCCUCUAUGAUUUCCUCUUCAUUGGCAUCGCUCAUAUCGGCUGGUCGAAUCGCAGACGUUCGUGGUAUCUGUGACAAUAACAGAGACAAUAAUAACAACAAUAAUAAUGUCUCGGAUCAAAAGUAUAUACCAAAAAAAUACAUCUUUCAGGACGGACCGACGCAUUCGACGGCAAGUAGCAACAACGAUGCAGUGUUACAAGAAUUCGUCUCCGUAACGGACAGUUUCAAAGGAAGAAUGUAUUUCAUUUAA